AUGGCGACAGAAUGGAGCGGGCAGCAGGGUUUCAUUCUCACCGUCAUCCUCUUCGUGUGGAGCGCGGUCGGCGGGCGCACGGAGACCGCGGCGGCGUCCGGAGUGAGAGGCGGCAGCCAGGUGCUCGGCAUGCGGCUGGAGAGGAGCGACAAGCCGUCGGGCACCAAUGACGACGGUGUCAUCCAGGUGACUGAGGAGAGCUCCGUGCAGCUCCGGUUUUACGGGGUGCAGCUCCACUCGGGCGCCUGGACGCAGAUCCGCUUCACGGAGCUGGCGGACGCUGCUUCUGCAGGCGGCAGCGAAGCGGAGGAGGAGGAGGAGGCGGUGGCGGCGGCGCGCGGCAGCGGCAUGAUGGAGCCGGCGGCGGACAGGACUUGUGUUGAUUUCACGAAGGACAUCAGCGUCGAGACCUUCAUGAACGUCAGCAGUCGCGGCACGUCGGGGCUGCUCACCGUGCACAUUAAGCCGCUGCGCAAGAGCGAACCGCGGAAGGAGUACGCGUUGUGCACGCGGAGCGCGGACGGCAGCCGGUGGGUGCUGCUGGGGGACAGCGAUGGCAGGGUGCUGGUGGUGGAGGAGAAGAAGUCUCUGCUGCCCAUGUGGCUGCAGGUGAUCGUGGUCUCGUGCCUGCUCGUGCUCUCGGGGAUGUUCAGCGGGCUGAACCUCGGGCUGAUGGCGCUGGACCCGAUGGAGCUGCGCAUCGUGCAGAGCUGCGGCACCGACAAGGAGAAGAAAGACGCGCGCAAGAUCGAGCCGAUCCGCAGCAAAGGGAACUACCUGCUGUGCUCCCUGCUGCUCGGGAACGUGCUCGUGAACACCACGCUCACCAUCCUCCUGGACGACCUGAUCGGGUCCGGGCUGGGCGCGGUGGUCGCCUCCACCAUCGGGAUCGUCAUCUUUGGGGAGAUCGUGCCGCAGGCGCUGUGCUCGCGCCACGGUCUGGCUGUGGGCGCCAACACCAUCCUGGUCACCAAGUUCUUCAUGUUCCUCACCUUCCCGGUGUCCUUCCCGGUCAGCAAGCUGCUGGACGUCCUGCUGGGCCAGGAGAUCGGCACCGUGUACAACCGGGAGAAGCUGGUGGAGAUGCUGAAGGUGACGGAGCCGUACAACGACCUGGUCAAAGAGGAGCUCAACAUGAUCCAGGGCGCGCUGGAGCUGCGCACCAAGACCGUGGAGGACGUGAUGACCCCCAUCGGCAACUGCUUCAUGAUCCAGGCGGACGCGGUGCUGGACUUCAACACCAUGUCCGAGAUCAUGGAGAGCGGCUACACGCGCAUCCCCGUGUACGACGACGAGAGGAGCAACAUCGUGGACAUCCUGUACGUGAAGGACCUGGCCUUCGUGGACCCGGACGACUGCACCACCCUGAAGACCAUCACCAAGUUCUACAACCACCCGGUGCACUUUGUGUUUCACGACACCAAACUGGACGCAAUGCUGGAGGAGUUCAAGAAAG